AUGGAAUCGACAUUGUACCCCAGGAACAGCCUCGAGAGAGAUUCGCCCUUCCGCUCAGAGGAAUCACAACCCGUCGAGCUUGACGAGGAGGACCUCCUCCUGCAAAAGCUGCGGGCGGAGAAGGAGGCCAAAAAGACAAAACUGUGGGCGGAAUGGGCGCGAGCACUAAGAAUACCCAGGUUCGAUGCGGCCACCGACAAGGACGGCUACAUCACAUAUGGCAAGCUGACAAAGAAGCUGUCGGAGCUCGAGGUGGUCAUCGAGCUGUUCUUUCGCAAAUUCAACCCCGUCCAGGACAGGUUCGUUGAGGCCACAUCCGACAGGCCCGUCACCGGUAACCUGGCGGAGCUCUCGACGGCUCUCGAUAAGCUCGAGCAGGCGAUCGGGGCCCGUGAGGUCGCCAGGCAUGCGCUCAAAGGUAUGGCACUCGAUGCCAAGAAAAAGAGCAAAGGCUGGACCAAAAAGACGGUCGCCGAGAGCAAAAGGCAGCGACAGCUGCUUGUGUUUUACAAGGACAUCGUUGCUAAGGUCAACGAGAUUCCCACUAAGAUGAAGCGCAUUGAGAAAGAAGUCGAUGCUGCGAUCCGGCUGCUCCGGGAAGAACCGACCAGCUGA